AUGGUCGUCCCUGGGCUUCUGGAGACAAUGUCUCCAAGAGGAGACGUCCGCAAGGCGAAGAAGGACUGGGCCUCGCCUUUGGAGUACAUCGUGGAGAAGAUGGGCGCCGAGAACCUGAGGAUGACGCAGGGUCGCUUGCUGGCAGCUCUGGUGUGGAGCUUUGUUCUGGGCUGCACCGUCUACCGCCGCUUCGACCUGCCCCAGCUCCGCUGGGUGUUGAUGCUGCACCAUCUGCUGGCGGCCCUUGGGUUGGACGAGGCUCUGCUCAUGUCCUUCUCCGCGCAGGAGCCCUUCGCGCUUCGACUCCUCCGCCCAGGUGCCGUGGUGACUCCCUGGGCGCCUUCGUUCUUGCCAAAGCAGCAGAGCGUUUUUGGAGCGACCGCUUACGCCUCCUUCGUGAUCCUCGCCAUCUACCAGCUGAUCCUGUAUCGCGUCAGCGACCAGGAUGUUUCCGUCUUCCUGGCUCUCUUCCUGCUCGCCUGCAUCUUUGAUCGGGGCCUCUUCCAUUCUACUCGCCCCUCCGACAUCCUCAAGUUCCUGGCCGCCACGCUGCUCCAGGAGCCGGCAUUGAAUGUCUACACCCUGUUGGCUUGUCUGUACUUCUGGUCCGGCCUGUACAAGCUCCGUGGCUUCUUCCAUGGCUUCAUGUUCCAAUACCAGUUCCUCAACUUCUCAGCCAUCUCCUGGUAUUUCCGCCACCUGUACCUCACAGAGGAGUACCUUCCACGCCCUGCAGUUUGUGCAUUCGGGGCGGCCGGGACUUGGAUCGAGAUGUUGGCCGGGCUCGGGAUGAUCCUGGGGGCGCUCCCCGGAUCGUCGGAGUGGUUCAUCCUCCUGGCCUUGGCGAUGCACGUCUUCAUCUUCUUCUUCGGCAUGGGCCCCUUCCGGUGGAAUGUGAUGACCAUGUACAUGUUGGUCUGCUCCGCGAAGCUCUGCCUGGAGCAGGGCUUCUCCGGCCGGUCGCUGUGGAAGGAUCCCGGGAGCUCGGGGCUCUACCUCUUCAUUUUUGGUGUGGGGAUCCCCUUCAUCGGUACUUUGGACCCCGAGACCCUCGGCCGCUACUUCGGGGGCUACCGCAUGGCAACCUUCCACUUCGCGGGCAACGAGACCUACCGGGCUCUCCUUGUGAAGAAGGCAGCGGUGGUGGCUGAAGAGGGCCCGCUGGGGCAGCUCCUGCGAGACCGGGCCAGAGGCUACGAACGCCUGACGCAGGAUGAAGACAUGUUCACGGCGCUGCUCUACGCGGAUGGGCUGAACGUGGAGGGCUCCCUGAGACGGGGCUUCCAGGCACCGUCAGGGCUCACAGACUUUGACGAGUUCGAUCGCACGUAUAUGUUUGUACCGAUUACAUGGCUGAACUGCCGUGGACCUUUGCUCAAUACGAAAUGGGACGAGAGCCUCCCCGUGACGGAGCGCUUUGUGGAGUUGGUUUGUGAGACCUUGGCGUCUUCCGACGAGCCAAGGCUGGCGCCAGGGACGGCCCUCCAGUUUGUGGCGCACGUGGUCCCGUGGUUGGGCGGCCGGAGGAAGCGCUUAGAGCUCUUCGACCUCACGGCCUCGAAAUGGUCCGCAAGCCGCUGGGCGGAACACGUUGAGCUGCCUUGGCUGCCCCACAUGCUUCGGAGCAUGGCCCAAAGUGGCUUGCAGAGCAUGUUGCUGUGA